AUGCCCAUCACGGAUGAGGACGCCGCGCUGCAGGCAAUUGCAACCCUAGAUCCACUGUCGACGGAGCAACAAGAUGCACUGCAUGCUAUUGACGCCAUCACUAACGACGGAGAGCCGUUCGUCGAUGUCUUUGAGCUGUUCGGGUACUACGAUAAGCUGUAUUUCGGGAACCUUCUGUUGCCACGAGUCGAGGUGAUCUGGUCGCCACGACUGACCCUAUGUGCUGGCAUCUGUGAACUUUCGAAGGAUCCGUCGACCAACAAGUUCACACGCAUCCGUCUGAAGCUGAGCACUCCUUUGUUGCAGUACCGUCCACGUUCUGACACGAUCAACACGCUACUGCACGAGGCUAUACACGCCUACUUCUUUAUCACGACGUCGUGGAAACAUUCGAGGGGUGACGAUGGCACAGGUCAUGGUGUAGGGUUUCAAUUGCUGGCUGACGCUAUCAAUAACCACGGCAACUACGAGGUUACCAUCUACCACACGUUCCACGACGAGGUAGACAGCUAUCGAACCCAUGUCUGGCAGUGCCACGGCCGAUGCAAGACCCAGCCACCGUUCUUUGGCCAGGUGAAGCGUAGCAUGAACCGAGCACCUGGCAAAGGUGACACUUGGUGGGCGAGACACGAAGCUGAAUGUGGAGGGACGUACGCAAAGAUUAGUGAGCCUGAGCUUACCAAGAAGCAGCUCCAGAAUAUGAGCAGUAAGGAGAGAGCAGGACGCCAGAAGAACAAGCUCGACAAGUGGAUCACAACAUCAAAGAGAAAGGACAGUAAUACUGAGGGUAAAACCUCUGAUAAGCCCAUUGCGCUGGACGAAGAGGAUGAAACCUCGCGGAGUGCGAUAAUCAAGGACGCUAUAGUGAGCUCCAGCGCAGGCCAAAAACGGCCGCGAGCCGACACGGACGAUGGCCAAUUACUUGUUGAGAAGAAGACGCUCGUUGAGUGCCCAAUCUGUACCAUAGGAGUUGCGGAUACGGAGAUCAAUGAUCAUUUGGAUCUGCUGCAUCCUUGAGGCUGGGACACCGACUGGCUGGUUCAUGCACGUCAUGCCGUUGCCCCACUCGGAGUCCUCGGGUCCAACUGCAACACCACGCUCUGUGCAGACAGGUCGAUAGAACAUCACAAAACAAU